AUGCGCAUCACUCGAAUUUUGCAUCGUGAAGUCCUCAAACAUAUCGACUACUACUCUCGAUUCAACCCUUCACCUUUGUCAAUAGAAAAAUUUCUCACUUUUGGCAAGGAAGCAAAUGAGGCAACUUCAUUUAUAUUUCUCCGCAAGGAGCUGCCCGUCCGGCUUGCAAACAUUAUGUCAGAGUUGCAUUUGCUGCCGAAUAAGCUUCUUCGGAUGCCAUCAGUGGAGCUUGUUCAAAGUUGGUAUGAACGCAGCUUUCAGGAAAUUCUCACAUUUGAAAAAGGGGAUGCCGACUCGCCCAAGGCACUGGAGAAUUUUUGCGAUACAUUAGUUAAAAUCCGCAACAGGCACAGUAGCGUCGUCGAGACGAUGGCUCAGGGAAUUAUCGAGCUGAAGCAGACCCACAAUCUGGAUCAGCAAACGGAGCACUGUAUUCAGUACUUCUUGAACCGAUUCUACAUGAGUCGCAUCUCUAUUCGAAUGCUCAUCAACCAGCACGCAGCUCUCUUUGGCUCUGAUUUGGCGGCCAACAAUCCGCGCCACAUUGGCGUCAUUGACCCAAAUUGUAACGUAAAGGCAGUGGCCCUGGACGCCUAUGACAAUGCUCGAUUUCUUUGUGACCAGUACUACCUGACUUCUCCUGAGUUGGAUAUCGAACAGCUAAACUCUCAAAAUCCUGAAGCACCAGUCACAAUCGUGUACACGCCGUCUCACCUGUAUCACAUCCUUUUCGAGCUCUUUAAAAACGCCAUGCGCGCUGUAGUGGAGCUGCACGGGGAAGGCGACUCUGUGCCGCCUAUUAAAAUCACCAUCGUCAAUGCCAAAGAGGAUCUUACCAUUAAGAUUUCCGAUAAGGGAGGUGGGAUACCUCGCUCGCUGCGAGACAUUCUCUUCCACUACAUGUAUUCGACGGCGCCCAAGCCAUCGGCUUCAGGGCAGAACUCGGCACCCUUGGCCGGCUACGGCUACGGCCUGCCCAUAUCGCGCCUCUACGCCAGGUACCUCCACGGUGACCUGGUGGUCUCCUCAAUGGAGGGCUACGGCACUGACGCAAUAGUGUACCUGAAGGUGCUGUCCAGUGAGGCCAACGAGCUGCUUCCCGUCUUCAACAAGACCUCCAGCAAGCACUACACCUCCAUUCUGGGGACACACGACUGGAGCUCAGGCAGCGUCAACCAUGGCAUGACCAACAACGGCAACUCGCAGUGGGAAGUGGGCGUCAAGCAUUGA